UUUUUUUGACAGCAUCUCAUUUACUGAUAGUUAGUAUUGGAAGAUGGCGUUGCGACCGGGAUCCGGUGCAGGUGGAGGUGGUGCAGGGAGUGGCGGCAGUUAUAUGUUUCCUGUGAAUGCCGGUAUUGGACCACCUCAAGGUAUGAUUCCCAUGCAACAGCAAUCACAGGGGUUUCCUAUGGUCUCCAUGAUGCAGCCAAAUAUGCAAAAUAUGAUGGGUAUUGGUUAUGGGUCUCAGAUUCCUCAGGCAGCAAUGGCAAUGCAGGGUACAAUGACAAUGGGACCAAUGCAAGGAUCAACGAUGUCAUUUAUGGGACAGCCCUCUUUCAUGGCGAUGCAUCCUUCUGCUCAACAAUACACUCCCGACAUGCAAAAACAACUUGCAGAAGGACAACAGAAGAUAUUUGAACAGCAACAGAAAAUGUUAGAAGAACAAAGAAAACGAAGACAGUUUGAAGAACAAAAACAAAAACUGAGGAUGCUUAGCAGUGUUAAACCCAAAUUUGGUGAAAAGAGCAGAGAUGAUGCAUUGGAAGCAAUUAAAGGCAACUUGGACGGCUUUUCUAGAGAUGCCAAAAUGCACCCCACUCCUUUAUUACAUACUAAGAAAACAGAUUUUUCCACACCAUCCCAUUCUGCUGUGUCUGUUCCCCAGUCCUCUGCUCUUGGUGCUGAUGAAGAAUUCAGUGAUUUUAUGACAGGCCCUGUAGCAUUUCCAUUUUCUGGGGCUCCAGCCCCAUCUAUUCCUUUUCAGCCUUUUAGUUCUUCUGUUCUGGUUGGGCAGAGUGCUUCCGAGCAGGCUAUAACUGUAUCACAGUCCCCUUCUUUAAAACUUCAAGGGUCUGCAUCUUCACAUGGUAACGCUGAAAACCAUACUAGUCACUCCAGCUCUGCAGCUAAUUUUUCUAGUAAAAAAACAGGCCUUACACUGGAUGAAAAAAUGCUAACGUCUUGCGAUUUUAGCUCACCUGGAAAAUCUGGUAGUAAAAGUAAAACCCCUGAAGAUUUGGCAAAUGUAGGACUGCAUGCCCCAAACAUGACCAACAGUUACUUGACCCCUGGUUUAUUCUCUAAUAACUGUGGCAUUGUAGUUGCAAAUGUAAGUGGUGGUGUUUCUGGAGAUGGACGUAAAGGCUCAGAAAACAAAGAAUCUGGUGAAGAAAGUGUUAAUGUUGGAAUGUUUUCACCACCAGAACCAAUCCAGCCAAUGCUACCCUCAUGGAUUUUUAAUGACAGUAUGGUCCCAGAGCUUUACAAGACUGUUUUAGAAGUGACCAUGACUACUGUUGGAAUAGACACAACAAAACUUUAUCCCAUAUUGAUGUCGUCUGGACUUCCCAGGGAGACACUGGGACAGAUUUGGGCAUCAGCCAAUCGUACAACUCCUGGAACACUAACCAAAGAAGAACUUUACACUGUUCUUGCAAUGAUAGCUAUUGCGCAGAGAGGAGGGCCAGCUGUCAGUACAGAUGUGUUGGUUCAGAUUUCAUCACCACCUAUACCAACUUUUAGUGGGUUUCCAAUGUCUAUGCCCACUGCUCUGAAUCAGUUGCAUAUAUUGCAGUCAGUUCCUGCUUUAUCAAGACCUGUUAAUGCCAGCCAGCCUUUUGUGACCGUCAACAAUUCAGCACCACCCGCAGGGUCAGCUAUGACGCAAAUGGCAAACACUUUUGUAAUGCCAUCUUUCUCUACUCAACAGGCUGUUAAAACAGAAGAUGAUGAUUUUCAGGAUUUCCAAGAUGCUUCUAAAUCUGGACCCAUCGACGAUUCUUUCUCAGAUUUCCAAAGUGACACUACAACUAAAACAACCACUUCACAAAUACGCAACAGUGCUCCAACUUUGCUUAUGCCAAUGCCUGGAACAGUUACACCCCCAGUCUCAUCUUCGGCAGAUAAAUAUGCUGUUUUUAAAGCAAUUGAUGUGGAAAAGCCAGCUGAAAGCAGGAAUACUUUUUCAGAGUUUGGUGAUAAAUAUGAUGCCUUUAGAGAACUAGAAAAACCUCCAGAAAACAAAUCAUUAGGGGAUGGUUUUGCAGACUUCAAGUCACCUGGAGCAGAUGAUGGUUUCACAGACUUCAAAACAGCAGACAGUGUGUCCCCACUAGACCCUCCAGCAAAAGAGACUAUGUUCCCAUCUCCAUUUCCCACUCUUCCACAUCAACAGAAACCACCAGCACCGAUUAAACCCUCACUUCUCGUAUCAGACCUUGAUCCUUUAUCAUCUGUGGCUACUUCUACAGAUUGUGGAACUUUUUCCUUUGCAGCAACUUUCCCUUCAUCGAAGCCCACUGGGUUCCCAGCUAUUCCACAUUCUUCAUCUUCUACUAUUCCAUCAACUAUCACCAGCAAAAAUUCGACGGUACCUGAUGACUUUGAAGAUUUUAAUGUUUUUGGAGCAUCUACUAAGGUUCCAUCUACUUGUAGUCAGGAUGACUUUGCUGAUUUUAUGGCUUUUAACAGUAACGCCGGCUCUACAGAACAAAAUACAGAAGACAAGCAUAAGGCAGUCAAGCAAGAGGCCAGUGAAGCCAUCCCACCACUGCCGAUCACUCAAAUGGGGCAAACCUCGCAGCCAACUUUAUCUGCUUCACUGAAGAAAUAUGAAAUCUUUAAGCAACUCUCCCUGGAAAACUCUAGUCUAGUAUAUGACGGAUACAAAGAUGUCACCCCUUCAUCUUUAAAAAAUGAUGAUGACUUUGCUGAUUUCCAGACUGACAAGUUUACAAUGGCAGAAUGUAUCUCUGAGAAAUCUUUUGUGGAUAAGAUAGCUGCUUUUAAGCAGGCCAAAGAGGACUCUGCUUCGGUUAAGUCUCUUGACCUUCCUUCUAUUGGAGGCAGCAGCGUUGGAAAGGAGGACUCUGAAGACGCACUCUCCAUCCAGUUUGAUAUGAAACUAGCAGAUGUGGGGGGAGACCUGAAGCACGUCAUGUCUGAUAGCUCCCUGGAUUUGCCCACAGUUAGUGGUCAGCAUCCUCCUGCAGCAGAUGUAGAUGAUUUUAAAGACACAAAUGACAACAAUGGUUCUGCACUAAGCAGCCUGGCAAACUAUGACUGGACAGAGAAAAAUGAAGUAGUAAACCAGAACAAAAAGCAAUCAGACUUCUUCCUUAGCACAGAUUGUGGUCUCCGUUCUUCUACAUCCAUUUUCCAAAAAAAAGAAACUUCAUUUGGGAGUUCGGAAAACAUCACUUUGACAACAAUUUCAAAAGUAACUACAUUUUCAAGUGAUGACUAUGUUCAAGAGAACAGUAUCCAAAAUGAUACAAGCACCAAACUGCCAGCUGAAGAACAGACUAGUAGUUUAUUCAAGACUGCUAUUGAGGAUGUUUCUGGUUUUGGACAAGAUACUGAUGGCCUUGAACAAUCUCCUAGUCAUAUUUCUGGAGAGCAAAGAAACACAGAUGACUUUGGUGAAUUUCAGAGAGAAAAGCCAAAAAUAAGUAAAUUUGACUUUUUAAUGGCUAAUUCUCAAGGAAAAUUGAAAUCAAGUGAAGAAAUGAUCAGGAGUGAACUUGCAACUUUAGACCUCUGUGUGCAAGGAUCUCAUAAGAGAAGUUUAAGUUUGGGCGACAAAGAAAUCAGUCGAUCGUCUGUCUCUCCAGCUCCAGAGCAGCCAUUUAGAGAUCGCUCUAACACCUUAAGCGAGAAGCCAGCUUUACCUGUAAUUAGGGACAAGUACAAAGAUCUUACAGGGGAAGUAGAGGAAAGUGAAAGGUAUGCAUAUGAGUGGCAACGGUGUUUGGAAAGUGCUCUUCAGGUAAUAAAGAAAGCUAAUGAUACACUCAAUGGAAUUAGCAGUUCGUCUGUGUGCACCGAAGUUAUUCAAUCUGCACAAGGCAUGGAAUACCUGUUAGGUGUCGUUGAGGUGUACAGAGUUACUAAGCGAGUAGAAUUGGGCAUAAAAGCAACAGCAGUAUGUAGUGAAAAACUACAACUGCUUUUAAAGGAGAUUGACAAGCUGUGGAACAACCUUAUAGGAUUCAUGUCACUAGCUGCUCUAACGCCUGAUGAAAGUGCACUGGAUUUUUCUUCCUGUAUGCUCAGACCAGGGAUUAAGAAUGCCCAAGAACUAGCCUGUGGGGUGUGUUUGCUAAAUGUAGAUUCCCGCAGUAAGAAAGAAGAGAAAACUCCAGUGGAGCAUCCUAAAAAAGCAUUUAAUUCAGAAACUGAUAAUUUCAAGCUCUCCUAUGGAGGACACCAGUAUCACGCCAGUUGUGCAAAUUUCUGGAUUAACUGUGUGGAACCUAAACCACCAGGUCUUUUUCUGCCGGACUUAUUGUAAGAGCUGUAGUAAAGGAUUACCCAAGGAAGCACACGGUCGGAGCAUCACCACUGACUUCUCUCUGCCUGAAAAGUCUUAUUUUGCAUAUUCCACAAAUUGCAAACACUCUAUGAAAUCUCUACCGACUACAAAGCAUAGCGGUCUGAUUAUGGGACGAAGCUGGGAAAUAAUAAACUGUCACUGCCUGUUCCUUUUAUGCUGCAUGUCUCUGGUAUUUUUGUCAUUUUUAAAAGUGCAUUAAAGUUCUGAAAACACAUUGUUAUUUAAAGGGGAAUUCUAAAGCAAAAAAUCAUAUAAUUUAGUUAAUUUAGUUAGUCAAAGUAUGACAUUUUUGCAUUACCAACCCCAUAUAACAUGGCCGUUCCGCUAAUUAAGAGCAGCCACACAAUCCGCAAAUCACCUGCUGCAUUCUACUCUGGAGCUGCCAACCCUGAAUAAGAGGUGUUUUUUUUUUGUUUGUUUUUUUGUGCAUUUGAAUUUCCUUUUAACCAAAGCAAUGGUGUUAAAAAUGUUACUAUGAUGCAGCAUUUACUGUAUCACCUGAUCAUUUUUAUUCUCAUACAUGGAGUUUUAAGAAAUUAAUGUUGCUAUUGAACAAAAUACAUAGCCAGGCCGUUACUUAGUC